AUGCUGCAAGAUAAGGGCCUGUCCGAGAGCGAGGAGGCCUUCCGGGCCCCGGGCCCAGCGCUGGGUGAGGCCAACGCCGCCAGCGCCCCCGAGCCCGCGCUGGCCGCGCCGGGCCUCAGCGGGGCCGCGCUGGGCAGUCCCCCAGGCCCCGGGGCGGACGCCGCUACCUCUGCCGCCGCGGAGCAGACCAUCGAGAACAUCAAGGUGGGCCUGCACGAGAAAGAGCUCUGGAAGAAGUUCCACGAGGCAGGCACGGAGAUGAUCAUCACCAAGGCGGGCAGGAGGAUGUUCCCCAGCUACAAGGUCAAAGUCACAGGCAUGAACCCCAAGACCAAGUAUAUCCUGCUGAUUGACAUCGUCCCAGCGGAUGACCACCGCUACAAGUUCUGUGACAACAAAUGGAUGGUGGCGGGGAAGGCCGAGCCCGCCAUGCCAGGACGGCUCUACGUCCACCCGGAUUCUCCCGCCACGGGGGCCCACUGGAUGCGGCAGCUGGUCUCCUUCCAGAAGCUGAAGCUGACAAACAACCACCUGGACCCCUUUGGCCACAUCAUCCUCAACUCCAUGCACAAGUACCAGCCGCGGCUGCACAUCGUGAAGGCUGAUGAGAACAAUGCUUUUGGCUCCAAAAACACAGCCUUCUGCACUCACGUGUUCCCAGAGACUUCCUUCAUCUCUGUGACCUCCUACCAGAAUCACAAGAUCACACAGCUGAAAAUUGAGAACAACCCUUUCGCCAAGGGAUUCCGGGGCAGCGACGACAGUGACCUGCGUGUGGCCCGGCUGCAGAGCAAAGAGUACCCCGUGAUCUCCAAAAGCAUCAUGAGGCAGAGGCUCGUCUCCACUCAGCUCUCGGCCAAGCCCGACGUCAGCCCCCUGCACGGCCCCCACCAGGCGCUCCAGCACUACCAGUACGAGAACGGCGCCCACAUGCAGUUCGCCGCGGCCGAGCCGCAGGACCUUCCCCUCAACGCCUUCCCGGCCCAGAGGGACUCCAGCCUCUUCUAUCACUGCCUGAAAAGACGAGCAGACAGUGCCCGCCACCUGGACUUGCCCUGCAAGCGCUCCUAUCUGGAAGCUCCCUCCGCGGUGGGGGAGGAUCACUACUUCCGGUCCCCCCCUCCCUACGACCAACAGAUGCUGAGCCCCUCCUACUGCAGUGAGGUGACCCCAAGAGAAGCCUGUAUGUACUCAGGUUCCGCGCCUGAGAUGGCCGGGGUGUCUGGGGUGGACGACUUGCCCCCACCCCCGCUGAGCUGUAACAUGUGGACGUCGGUCUCCCCGUACACGAGCUACAGCGUGCAGACCAUGGAGACCGUGCCUUACCAGUCCUUCCCCACGCACUUCACCGCCACCACUGUGAUGCCUCGGCUGCCUGCCAUCUCCGCUCAGAGCCCCCAGCCACCGGGGAACACCCACUUCAGUGUCUACAAUCAGCUCUCGCAGUCUCAGGUCCGAGAGCGGGGGCCCACCGCCCCCUUCCCCAGGGAGCGCGGCCUCCCCGCGGUGUGCGAGAGGAAGCCGCCCUCUCCGCACCUGAAUGCUGCCAGCGAGUUUCUCUACUCGCAGAGCUUCUCCUUCUCCCGGGAAGCCUCCCUACAAUAUCAUUCAGGAAUGGGGACCGUGGAGAACUGGACUGACGGGUGA